CUUGUGCCCCUGUCGCCUGCCAUGUAGCUCUAUCAAUCACACUUUCAAGUCCAGAACGAACAACGCCGGGUGAUCAUUCUACAGUAUACUGUUCUUUAAAUUUUACUAUUAUACUAUUUCACAACCUACUCUACUCCACGCACGUGAAAGGCAUGACUAUUUCCCCGUGGGCAUCCCACAAGUCAAGUCAAGUCCCAGGGUGAGAACAGACCAAGUCCAGCCCAUAGCCCACAGCCCACAGUCUAUCCACAGCCCAGAUUUUGGUGAGGGAUGCGACAAAGAAUUCCCUCUCCACGUUCCCCAUAUCUCCCCCUCAUUGGCCAAUUCUAACCCAAAACCCUUCACAACGGUCCUGGAUCGACCACUUUGACCAACACCGACCACAUCGACCACUGGUUUGCCCACGAAGUGUCGCGUGCUUCCAGGGUGAAGCAACAACGAGCUGACAACAGAGCACAUGGUGAGGCCCUGGAGGGCUAUGGAGCUACGAUCGACUUACCCACGACUACCACCGACUACCACGGACUGCCAUCGAGUUACCGUCCAACUACCAGAGGCAUGGACCAUCAGUACCUCUUCCUCCUCAGACAUUUCACUGUCCACGCGUGUACCUUGCACCUCACACGAGUGUAUCAAAUGGUAUGGUCACAGGUGGGUGGAUAACAUGUCCAGUAUACUGUCAAGUACACUGCCACUGCCACUGUGUGCUCUCUCAUACUACAGUCAAUAGUCACUUCCUCCCUCCCUCACAAGACAGAUAAUCCUCCCUCCUCCCCUCCCCGUCUUCUUUUCCCGUUUCUCUCUUCUCUCUUUUUUCUUCUCUCUCUUUUCUCCUCAUUUCCAUCAUAUAUCUCGAGAUUCAAAAGCUCAAGUUUAUCUGUUUAUCAUUUCUCUCUUCUGCUAUCUUCUCACCGCACCGCUCGCCUCGCAUAGUCACACUCGCCUUAUCGCUCCAGUCGAUCGAUCGCCUGCUGAGCACGCGAUCGCUUGCCACGUCCAAGCACCACCAGGCAACCCAGCUCGCAAGCCCUCGCCCUCAUUCCUGUCGAGGAUGCCCCGUCCCACGGCUCCCCCCACACCGUCCUCCUCGACCGACCUCAAAAGUCGCGAUGGCUCCCACUUUAUCUCCUCGCAGAUGUCCUUUGAGCUCCCUCCGCCUGCUCUAACUUUCGACUCGCGGCCCUCCAGCACGUCUGCCGCCUCGUCCUCCUCCUCAUACCACCCGCACUCGCCCAUGUCUGGCGCGCAGCCUGCUCCGGCGGCCAAACCCAGAGCCUCGACCGGCAGGAAACGCACUUCCACUGCGGAAUCCAGCGCUGCCAAGGGCGCAGAGCCAUUCGACCUGCCCCCCCCACCCACGCGCACCCGCAAGAUCAUCCAGAUGAAGCCCUCAGCUGCGCCCUCCACCGCGGCGUCCGCCGACGAGCAGCCCGCCAAGACCGCAGCGGCAAGCAAGCGCAAGCCGCCCUCCGCGACGAGCGCUGCGGGCCGUAAGAUGGCGCGCAAGACGGCGCAUAGCCUGAUUGAGCGGAGGAGGCGGAGCAAGAUGAAUGAGGAGUUUGGGGUACUGAAGGAUAUGAUCCCCGCGUGCAAGGGGGAGAUGCACAAGCUUGCUAUUCUACAGGCAAGCAUCGAAUACGUGCGCUACCUCGAAGACUGCAUCGCGCAGCUCAAAUCCCAAAACGGCGUCAACACCCCCACCAUCGCCAGCCGCCGCGAAUCAACCUCCAUCGCACCACACUCCUACGCCGCCUCCUCCUCCGGCGCCUCCGAAGCCUCCCACACAGACACCGAGAUGACCACCGCGCCUCCCGCAUUCGACCAACAAUCCGCGCAACAGCAACAACAGCAUCAUCACCACCACCAGACCCAGCAACCACAAGUCCCCCACCAACAACCAUCCCAAUCGCCACCGCUGCGCGCCCCGGAGGACUUCCAGCGCACAUACAGCUUCUCGCACUCGUCGUCCACGUCCCCUGCGUUCGGGCCGCAGACGUACACCGGUGCGCCGUCCUGGCUGGGGAGUGCGGCGAGCUCGGCGCUGACGAGCCCGGCGCUGGGGCCGAUGGCGGAGGAGGAGACGGCUACUGUCGCGCUGAUGAUGUUGAAUGGGGAUUGGAGGAUGGGGGAGCAGAGGGAGAGGGAGGGGAGGAGGGAGUCUGGGGCGGGGCCGGAGGCGCAGAGGCCGAGGGGGAUGAGUGUUAGGGAUUUGUUGAGUACGUAG